AUGUUGCUUCCAUCCGCUCUACCUUGCGACAUGCGCCGCCCCGCGACUCAGGCGCGCCUGGACCCCAGCCGCCAAUUCACAACCCCCCCACCAUCCGACGAUGACUUCCCAUGUAGCAAUGGUCUCUUGGGCACCUGUCGCGCCCUCCAAUCGCUUCUAAACGCUUCACCCGCUCCUUCACCACGAUGCGCAAAACCAGAGCGCCUUCAAAGUCCCCUUCACAUCAGACCCAUGCCUUCCGUCCGGUCGCGGUGGCAAAAGGACCCUAAGCCAUCACCUAAACCUUCGCGAGGCGUCAACAAACGCAAGCGCGAUCGCUCCGAAGUAAUUGAGGACACCAGCGACACAGAAAUUAUUACUCGUGGCAUUCGAUUCUCGACCCCGAAGCGCACUCGCCACGCCCCCUAUGAACUUCCUUUGGGUCUCUCGCAAUCAGACUUUUAUGCCCUUCACUCUCCACCAAUCUCUCAGUCGCCUCCAUCGCCUGCACACUGUCGUCAACUGGAACUGAGUCCCGAACAAAGCGCACAGUUGUUCAAUCCUGACGCAGUGUUGCCAUCUAUCGAAGUGACACAGGAAACCCUGUCCACCGAGACAUGGAAUGCGGACGACGACCAGCGCCUUGUCGAGCUAGUUCUUCAGAAUUUCCAGCUAUCCCAACGAGAUCUGGAGGACUGCGCGCGACGCAUGGGCAAAGAUGAUGCCAUCGUCGGACGUCGCUGGCAGGCCCUUGUGGGAGAGGGAAAUGUCGGAUUACGAAGUCGGCGAGUGACUCGUCCUCGUUGGCUAUAG